CUGCGCGAACUGAUACGCGAGCUGCGGGUCAGUUUGGCGGUGAUCGGUGCGAGUGCUCUGCGGGCCCCGCGGCUUCACCGGCGGAGCCACGGUCCCUGCAGUCCUGGGGUUUUCUUAUAUGCCUGUUUUCCUCAAAAUGAGUAUUGGUAUCACCUUCAUAAGACCUUUUGCCAGAGUUUUGGUGCCAUUUACCCUUAAUAGGAAGAGAAGGGUUUUAUAUUCAACGAUUCUGCAGAGAUACAUGUCUUCCAAAAUACCAGCUGAAUCCUAUCCUAAAAAAGAAACCACAUCACCUGAACAGCUGGAAUUGGAUGGGUGGAAAAUUACAAUGAAAUCUAGUGUGCAAGAAGGUGUUUCAACAGUCUCAAGUGCCAAGGAUGAAGAUCCUGUAGCUGCCACUAGGGAAUUAAUUGAGAUGUGGAGAUUGCUUGGCAGAGAAGUACCAGAACACAUCAGUGAAGAAGAGCUCAAAACCAUUAUGGAAUGUGAUUCUAAAUCAUCGAAAAAAAAAUAUUUAAGAUAUUUAUAUCUUAGGGAGAAAAAGAAGAAAGCUAAUCAAAUAAAAAAGGAAAUUAAAGCAGCAGCAAGGGAAAAAGCAAUACAAGACCAGCUGCUAGAAACCACUAACCAAGAUAAACAGCAAGACUUUCUAUUUCUACGACUUUGGAAUAGGAAUAUGGACAUAGCAAUGGGCUGGAAGGGUGCCCAGGCCAUGCAGUUUGGACAACCUUUGGUUUUUGACAUGGCUUAUGAUGAUUAUAUGAAACCAAAAGAACUGCAGUAUACUGUUUCUCAACUUCUAGAAAGUGAAGGAUGGAACAGAAGAGAUGUUGAUCCUUUCCAUAUUUUUUUCUGCAAUCUUAAACCAGAUAGCCCUUUUCGUAGAGAGUUAAUUAAACGAUAUAGAGAAAAAUGGGACAAAUUGCUUUUAACAGCAACAGAAAAGUCUCACGUAGAUUUAUUUCCAAAGGACAGUAUUAUAUAUUUAACUGCAGAUUCUCCCAAUGUUAUGACUUCUUUCAAGCAUGACAAAAUUUAUAUAGUGGGAUCUUUUGUUGAUAAGAAUAUGCAGCCAGGUGCAUCCCUAGCCAAGGCAAAACGGCUGAAGCUGGCAACAGAAUGCUUUCCAUUAGAUAAAUAUUUACACUGGGACACUGGGACAAAAAAUCUCACCAUAGAUCAAGUAACACGUAUUUUGUUAUGUCUGAAAAACAAUGGUAGUUGGGAAGAGGCUCUAAAGUUUGUUCCUAAGAGAAAACAUGCUGGUUAUCUGGAGAUUUCUCAAUACCCUCAAGAAUUUGUCAACAGAAUGAAGAAGUCAAAGACGAUUAAUUCAUUUCCAAAAGGCUCUCUAAAUAUAUACACACAGAAAAAGUGACUUGAAAGAGAAGUAUUUGAUAGCUUAAGAAGUAAAUGGAUUGGAAAUACAGUUUCUUUUGUUUCUUCCUGAAUGGAAUUCACUUGCUCUUUAAAGAGUCGUCUUUACAAACUAACAAGUAUUGUAUCUUUCCCCAAUUUAUUAAAUAUCUGCAAACUUUGGAAAUAUAUUUUGUUUACAUAAAAAUAGUUUUAGAAAGUAAGAGAGUUGUUCAAGUUUGUUGAGCCCAGUAAAACAGUUGUAUCAUUGGUGUGGCUUUUUUAUGAAUACAUGCGUCUCAGACUCUAUUUUCCUUCUUAAAUGUUCUUUUAGCCAUGAAGGGGGGAACCAGGGUGGGUGGCAGGGGGACCAGGCUGGCUGUCAGUCCCUUGGGAUCUCCAGCUCAAUCCUGGCUGCUCAGGAAAGGGGGUUCCUGCUAAUUCACCUCCAGGCACAUGUGGCUGGUUGGGGGCUCAGGCCAGUGGGGAAGCGGGCACUGGUGACUUCAUCGCUAUGGGCGUGGGCCAGGCCGGCUGCUGAUGGAACGUGCUGCCCACUUGGAGGUGCUCACGCGGGCGCUGCUGCUGCUGGGGCUUACAGCUCUG